AUGGUUAUAUCCCACUCUAUCUAUCUAUCUAUCUAUCUAUCUAUCUAUCUAUCUAUCUAUCAAGCUAUCUAUCUAUCUAUCUAUCAAACAUACUCUCUCUCUAUGACAUUCUCUCACACACACUCUCUAUUUUCUCUCUCUUACACACACAUACAUACUCUUUCACUCACACUCUACCUCUUUUUCUCUCUAUCGAAGUGUGUGCGCCAUAGAGCAAAGGGUAAUGACAAUGAUUGUAAUAUCUCCACGCGUAAAGAUAAGCCCCGUGUGUCUACUUUUUCUCGUCUUCUUUCCCAAAGCCGGCCACAAGAAGCGGGGUGUCUGAAUACUGUCACGACAUCGGACGCGACCGGGCAACGACCACGAUUCUAUAAAGGCACUGAAGAAGUGGACAGCGCAUACCGUCACAUGCCACCUCCUUUGCUUCUUUCAUGCUCGCUAACCCUCUUUUUCUUUCCUCUCACCCGUUCUUCCUCUCUUUUUAUUAUUCUUUUACAUCUCGUCCCCGACACAUAUUUACUUAAUAUCACUUCCUCACAGUCUUUUCUUACUCCUCAUCCCUUCCAACUUAUCUCUUGUCCUCCUCUUUUCCUCUCCUCCUACUUCCGCUUUUUAAUUUUCCUCUUCCCUUUCGCCCGUCAUUCUGUUGGUCUCACUCUCGUCUUUCAUUAUCUUGUCUCUCCUCCUUCUCUCUCCUAUUACGUUUCCUCUUCCCCCUCGCCUGUCAUUCUGUUGUUCUUACUCUCGUCUUUCAUUAUCUUGUCUCUCCUCCUUCUUUCUCCUAUUACUUUUCCUCUUCCCUCUCACCUGUCAUUCUGUUGUUCUUGUCUUUCUUUAUCUUGGCUCUUCUCCUCGAUACGGCCUUUACUUUUCUUCCUCCCUCUAGACCAUGGUUCUGUUGUUCUCACUCACGUCUUUCUUUUUUUGACUCUCCUCCUCCACUCGCCUUUUACUUUUCCUCUUCCCUCUCGCACAUCUUUCUGUUGUUCUCACUCUCUUUUUCCUCCCAUCCUUCUCCUCUUGACUCUCCUCCUUCUGGUUUUUCUUCUUUCCAUUAGUCUUCCUCCCUCCAUCUCACAUUUCCUCUUCGUUAUCGCCCUACUAACAAUCCCUUUGUCUUCUUCUUUUUUCUUCUUCUUUUUUUAUUAUUAUUAUUAUAAAAUUAUAGUAUAUAUAAAAUGUACUUAUUAG